GCAUUUGUGAAAGAUGUCCAUGAAGAUUCAAUAACUGUUGCUUUUGAGAAUAACUGGCAGCCAGAGAGACAGAUUCCAUUCCACGAUGUCAGGUUCCCUCCACCUACAGGGUACAAUAAAGAUAUAAAUGAAAGUGAUGAAGUUGAGGUUUAUUCCAGGGCUAACGAAAAGGAACCAUGUUGCUGGUGGCUGGCUAAAGUGAGAAUGAUAAAGGGUGAGUUUUAUGUAAUAGAAUAUGCUGCUUGUGAUGCUACCUACAAUGAAAUUGUCACAAUUGAGCGUUUGAGAUCUGUCAAUCCUAACAAACCUGCAACCAAGGAUACAUUUCAUAAGAUUAAGCUUGAUGUACCUGAAGAUUUAAGGCAGAUGUGUGCUAAAGAAUCUGCACACAAAGAUUUCAAAAAGGCAGUUGGGGCAUUUUCUGUAACAAAUGAUCCUGAGGCCCAUCAACUUAUCAUUUUGUCUAUUAAUGAAGUAACAACAAAACGUGCAAAUAUGUUAAUUGAUAUGCACUUUCGAAGUCUUCGAACCAAAUUAUCCUUGAUAAUGAGAAAUGAAGAAGCAAGCAAACAACUGGAGAGCUCAAGGCAGCUCGCUUCAAGAUUUCACGAGCAGUUUGUUGUACGUGAAGAUCUGAUGGGCCUGGCAAUUGGCACUCACGGAGCUAACAUCCAGCAAGCCCGGAAGGUACCAGGGGUGACAGCAAUUGAUCUUGAUGAAGACACUUGUACAUUCCAUAUUUAUGGGGAGGAUCAAGAUGCAGUGAAGAAGGCCAGAAGUUACCUUGAGUUUGCUGAGGAUGUCAUCCAGGUCCCAAGAAACUUAGUAGGAAAGGUUAUAGGAAAAAAUGGAAAACUCAUUCAAGAGAUAGUGGAUAAAUCUGGAGUUGUGAGAGUGCGAAUUGAGGCUGAAAAUGAUAAAAAUAUUCCACAGGAAGAGGGAAUGGUCCCGUUUGUCUUCGUGGGAACCAAGGACAGUAUCACAAACGCCACCGUUCUUUUGGAUUACCACCUCAAUUAUUUAAAGGAAGUGGAUCAGCUCCGCCUGGAGAGGUUGCAGAUUGACGAACAGCUUCGACAGAUCGGGGCCACAUCAAGGCCACCCCCUAAUCGCCCUGAUAAAGAGAAGGUGUACAUGGCUGACGACGGUCCCGGUCUCGGAAGGGGCGGCCGGCCUUACAGGAACCGAGGCCACAGCAGGCGUGGCCCAGGCUAUGCUUCAGGCACUAACUCUGAAGCAUCCAAUGCUUCUGAAACAGAGUCUGAUCACAGGGACGAGCUUAGCGACUGGUCCUUAGCCCCAGCGGAAGAAGAGCGGGACAGCUACCUGCGCAGAGGGGAUGGGCGAAGGCGCGGAGGAGGCGCGCGUGGCCAAGGCGGAAGAGGCCGGGGAGGGUUCAAAGGAAACGAGGACCAGUCAAGGACAGACAACCGUCAGCGCAAUUCAAGAGAUGCUAAAGGGAGAACAGAUGGCUCACUCCAGAUCAGAAUUGACUGCAAUAAUGAAAGGAGUGUCCACACUAAAACCUUACAGAAUACCUCCAGCGAAGCUAGCCGGCUGCGGACGGGUAAGGACCGUAACCAGAAGAAAGAGAAACCGGACAGCGGAGAAAGUCAGCAACCGUUGGUGAAUGGCGUGCCCUAAAACUGCAUAGCUCGAGAAGUCGUAUUUCCUAAAACUGUUCCAGUAAAUCUUAUUCCACAUUAGAGAAACUUCGUUAGGCCAAAGACAAAAAUAGUAGGCAAGAGGGCGGCAGGGCAUGAAAUAUUAAAAAAAAAAAAACACACAAAAAACACAAAAAUAAAAAGUUCUGUUAGCCUUUUUUUAACAUCAGCAGUAUGCAGUUUUCUUUUUGUUUUUUUUCCAAACGAGACAUUAUACUUGCAUUAAAAUACCUUGAACUUCUGGAGAAAAAAAAAACAAAAUGCUUUCAAGUACAUAUUGCACUUCAAACAAUGAAAGAAUUCCUUUUGUUUGUUUAAAAAAAAAAUACUGAACUGUGCAUUGGUAUUUCUGUUCAGUUGUACCAUUUUAACGCAUCUGGUCAAAAUCACUGCUAAAUUUCAAUUUUCAGAAUAAAUAAGUGUUUGCGGUAAUCAAAUUGGGCUUCUGUUUUCAAUCUAUUAAAAACCUCCUCCUCACUUUAAAUAAAUAAGUAAAAUUGACGCUAUGCUUAUACGUCCCUGUGUCAGUUCACACACACUUUUCGGUUCACCUUCCUUUCCCCCUCCCCCCCCAAAAAAUAUUUCGGUGAACCCGGAUUUUCUGUGUAACGUAACUAAAUUGUCAUUUUCAUUAGCAAAAAAAAAAAAAGUUGUAUGGUAUGUGCCUUUUUUAUAUCUUGGCAGGUAGGAAUAUUCUCUUUGGAAGCAGAAAUCAGGGAAGAUUUUGUUGGAAAUGCUGAACUCUUGUUUUAACGUUCAGGUGUUACGACCCUGCUCAGGGCGCAGGAAUCCUCCUUUUAAGAGCUUGGCUCCAGGUCUCCACAGGUACCUGCCCCCUCCUCCUCUCCCCCCACCCACCUCAGGGCCCCCCAGCUUCUCUGGGUUGAGCAGGGAGACCUGAACUGGGUCACCUCACCUGGAAGAGCCCACGGUGGGUUCCCACCUGUAAUCCUCUUCAGGCGGAAACAUCUGAAUAGGAACUUUAAGUGUACAAUAUCUAUGUAGCAAAACCUCUCCAACAGUUAGUACUUUAUUAAAAAAGAAAUGCAUGCUUUCCAUAAUUUUUUCCCCCGCGUCAACAUCGUUAGGCUGUUUAUAAGAUAGAAACCUAUUUUGCACUGAAGAUAAUGGCAGAUCAUGUUACUGAAGUGGUGGCUUUCCCCCCCCUUCCCCCCUUCAUUUGUUGGUUUACGUUUCCCCCCUUUUUAGUCAGGACAGGGGUUUGGGAUUGUUCGUUUUUUUAAAAUAAAUACAUACUCCCAAUUGUGACAAUGCAGUUAAUGGUUACCAAGGGAACAAACCAGAACUUGUUCAUAAUGUGUUCCAGCUCUGUGGCCAGAGGACCAAUUUUAAAAAGAAUAAGGGUUUUUGUUGUUGUUGUUGUCGUCUUCAUUGUCGUUGUUCACUUCCCCUACAGUUUUUAUAUUUGAAUUCAGAUGAGAUAGGAAGAUGAUGGUGUUUUACGCGGCUCUUCGUAAAAUUCAGGGAUAUACUGUACUUUUGACAGCAUUGGAUACAGAUCAAUUUUUAAGGUCUCGUUCACCAGUAGUUUAAAAACUUGUAAUUGGAGUUGGUGUAAGGUUCAGUUGUCCGUAAUUGGGGAGGAGGAGGCAUGCUUUCUAUUUCCGAUCAUGAAUGAAAUUUUACAUGCAAAAAAUAAAACACAGUAGGAUAUUUCAUUUUGAGCUAUUCUGUUUUUAUUAAAAUUGAACUCCGGUGGGAGUGUUGCUGAUUGUGUACAGAAUUGUACAAACUGCAGCCCCGGUCUGUGUUUGGUUUUUGUUCGUUUCUGUGCUUUUUCAUUUUACCUAUUUUUUUUUAACUUUGCGUACAAGCAAGCAUAUAAAAAUGGCAACAAACUGCACACAACUUAACAAAUAUUUUUUUUUUAAAAAAAAAGUCUUAAAUAUUGCCAAACAUUAAAUGUUGAUUUCUAAUUAUUUAUUUUGGGGGAAUGUAUAGUAUUUGAAAACUGAAAUUGGUACCUUGCACACAUCAUCUGUAAGCUGUUUGGUUUAAAAUACUGUAGAUAAUUAACCAAGGUAGAAUGACCUUGUAAUGUAACUGCUCUUGGGCAAUAUUCUCUGUACAUAUUAGCUACAACAGAUUGGAUUUUAUGUUGACAUUUGUUUGGUUAUAGUGCAAUAUAUUUUGUAUGCAAGCAGUUUCAAUAAAGUUGGAUCUUCCUCUGCUAA